AUGUACGCUACCGCAGCAGGCUCCGCGGGCCCGUCGUACAGCGGCGCACCUAGUCCCAUCUCGCCCUCGGCCGCCGCGGCCGAUUCCAGUCAUCGCGAUGGCCCGCUCUCGUCCUCGGCUGCCACCACAACCUCUUCUCGCCCCGCCGCCUCCGUCUCCUCGACCACAGCCGGUAGCCGAAUCAACCUCGUCACCUACAAACACUCGACCAUAAAGGCCCUCAUAGACCCCAGCCUGCCCGUACAGGAUGUCAUCCGACAGCUCUGCGCAAACGCCCACCUCGGCGUGCAGGAACCACCCGCCCUGUUUGCCCUCCGCGACGACGAGACAGAGGAGCUCAUCGACGACGCAAACAUGGCGCGCAAGAUCGAGGCAGGCGCAAACUUCAAGCUCACCUCGUCGCCCACCAUCGAGGCCGUCGAGAUGGUCGACAAGCUCUCGUCCCAGGACGAGCGUGUCCUCAAGAUGGCCACCUACACCCUCCAGCGCCUCAUCCGAGAGAAGCCCUUUAUCGCAGAGUUCCUCGCACGCGGCGGCCUCAACGAGCUGCUCCACAUCAUCAAGACCCACGGCGUCGGCAACACGCUCGCCUACGCCCUCACCAGCUGCCAGAACCUCAUGGAGAGCUCCGACCAGGGCUGGGACGUCAUCGACGGCAACUUUAUCGCAAAGGUCGUCUACAUUCUCGCAUCGCAAGAGAGGAUCAACGUCUGCCGCCCGGCGACCGCGAUCCUCCAGAAGCUCGUCCUUUCAGGCCCGCUCGACGCGCCCACCGACACAGCAGGCAGGGUGCUGACGGAAGGCGAGGCCGCUAACGCCAACUCUUCCAGCGGCGCAGCGGCGACCCGCGCCUACAAGUACGGUUUCGAGCCCGUCUAUCGCGAGAUCCGCGCCGAGCCCACUUUUCUGCAGACGCUCGUCCAUCGGCUCGGCAGCGCAGACACGACACUCUGCCUCUACAGCCUCAGUCUUCUCAAUAGCCUGAUCCGCAACGUCACCGAGAGUCUCUUUGAGGACUUCAUCUCCGAAAUCGAGCGUCUCGACACCCCAAAGGCCGUGGCACGCCUCAUGGACGCCAACCGCGGCGACGAGCUGUCGUCGUCGAUCCUCGAGUAUCAGGGCAACGCCGCCCGCAUCGCCCGGCGGCGAAUGAAGACGCCCGUCACGCCGACCGACAAGCGCCAUGUGACGGCGCUCUCGUACGUCUGGCUGCAGGCCAGGAUCACCGACGCUCCUGCAGAUCCUGCGCCAAACGGCCUGGCUUCGUCGUCGGCCAACUCCCGCCUCAAGUGGCGACGUCUGGGUUUCGCGUCAGAGUCGGCGGCCAAGGAGUUUACGCGCGUCGGGUGGCUCGGCCUCGACUGCCUCGAGUCGUUUGUCCGCGCGGAUCCGGACCUCUACGCCAAGAUCAUCCAGGAGCAGAUCAACCGUCCCGAGGAACGGCGCUGCCCAUUUGGUCGGGCCUCGAUCGAGGUGACCGAGAUCCUCGCCGACCACUGGAACGUCGAGAGCGGGUACACGACGUCGACGACGUUCAAACCGUUCCUCCUCUUUUUCCAGAAGGUGCACCACCUCGCGCUGCGCUUCUUCCUGCGCAUCUGGAACGAGAGCGGCGCGGCGGCGGGCGACUUUUCGCGCGUCUCGGCGCUGGUCCGAAGCCAAGUGGCCCACUCGCUGCACGACGAGAGCACCAAGGGAUGGUACGACGUCGAGCGCGACUUUCUCGAGUCCGAGUACCGCACGGUGCGCGAUCGCCAGAUGAAGGAGCUCGAGACGGAGGACGACUUCUCCAGCCGGGCGUCGAUCCGCAACCUGCGGGGCAGGCUGUACCGGGAGAGCUACGAGUUUGUCCGGCAGCAGCGCAUCCACUGCCUCCUCGAGGGGGCGUGGUUCCGCAACCCCGCCGCAGGCGGCGGGCGGUAUCCGGGCGCCUCGGCGGGCGGCGGCGCCCAACGACGGGACACGAUCCAGGGCAUGCCUGGGGGCAGGCUGCAGGGCGCAGGUGGCGGCAUGGCGGCGGCCUCCGGCGGCAGUGGCGGCGGCAAGACCUGGCGCUUCUACCGGCUCAGCCCGAACAAGAAGCACCUGCACUACUGCGAGGCGAUGGAGCGGAUACCGAUACGAGGCGGGUUGGACGAUCUUCCCGAGCGGAUCGACCUGAGCCUGGUGAUGGACGUAAGCCUCCAGGCCUCUGGAGGUGUCCACGGCGGACAUGCGGCCAAUGGCGGCGGCGGCGCAGACGGGGCUGCGAGUUCGCUCGUCUUCAGCCUGUUGCGUGCGCCCGACGUUUCGCUGGCGGACCUGCAGGCGCUCAACCAGAGUCAGUACAGCGAGUGGAUCGACGGGCUCAACAUGCUGCGCGGCGAGGGGGGCGUGGUGAGCACCAAGGAGACGGCCGAGUACAUCCAGAUCCUCACCGAGAUUGGCGUCAAGGUCAAGCUGCUGGACCUGACGGGCGAAGGGAUCGAUAUCCCGACAUCGAUUCCGCCGCCGCAGCUGCCGACGACGACCGAGUUCUUCUUUGCCGAUCUGUGA